UAUUUGUGUCUGGCAGAAGGAGCCGUCAGCUGUGGAGUGUACUGACUAACCUCACGGUCCUGGUUCAAAACUGAAGACCGGAGUGAAAAGCAACGGACCCCCUUUAACUGGACGGGAGAUGGAUAACAGUAAACGGACUGUGGUCGUUACAGGUUUUGGGCCAUUUGGAGAGCAUACGGUCAACGCUAGCUGGGUAGCAGUACAGGAACUGAAGAAGCUCGGACUGGGCAAUGAAGUGGACUUGCAUGUAUCUGAGGUUCCUGUAGAGUAUCAGACAGUCCAGAGUUUGGUUCCUUCAUUAUGGAAGCAGUAUCGUCCACUGCUGGUAGUUCAUGUUGGAGUGUCAGGUAUGGCCACCACUGUCACGCUGGAAAAGUGUGGCAGAAAUCACGGCUACAAGGGCUUGGACAACAGCAGCUUCUGUCCUGAUUCGCAGUGUUGCAUUGUAGGAGGCCCGGACUGUAUCGACUCAGUUAUUGACAUGGAAUCAGUUUGCAAGAGAGUGACGGCCUCGGGGCUCGGGGUAGCUGUGUCCGUCUCCAAAGAUGCCGGAAGGUAUCUCUGUGACUUCACCUACUACACGUCUCUGUACCUGAGCCACGGUCGCUCUGCCUUCGUUCAUGUGCCUCCUCUUGGAAAGCCUUACAGCGGGGAAGACCUGGGCCGUGCACUGCAGGCCAUCAUCCGGGAAAUGCUGGAGCUUCUGGACCAGGCCGAGGAGAAAAUCCACUGCCAGCAGCACUUCCACUAAGUGACCUCCAGAUGCCAACCAGCCUCUCCAGCCUUCACCACACAAGAGAAAUUGCACUUAACCACAAGUAGCCAAACUUCUUUUUUUGUUUGUUUUUUUUCAUGUCGUCCUCACUUGGACAAAUGAAAACUUUGCUGUGUAGGAUCUUUUCAGUGUUUGUUUCUCUUGUUUUAGGUUUUUGCUUCAUGUUUUGCUAGGCCUGAUUCAGUUAUGUUUUAAUGUUUCCUGAUGGUGAAAAGGUAAAAUUGAGGUCUCAAGACAACCCUCAAUCACGCUGUAACGUCAGUUUUUGUCCCACUUCCAACGAUCAUGAAACAUUCUGAAUUUGCAGUUUUUGAAACUGUAUGUGAAAAACGUGUUCACUAAGAAAACACAGAAGCAAAGUGCAGCUCAUACUUGUUUAUAUGCAGGGGGUCUGUAAUGUGGUAUAUUGCAACCUAUAACUCCAAAUGUGACUUCUAUUCAUGCACCUUAUAGAGUUAGGGUUAUUGAAGUGGUUAUAGAAGUCAUAUUUGGGGAAACUGUGAAAGUACUCUACAGUAUUUAACCCUCAUAAAGCUUCAUCCUCAAUUUUUGAAUUUCACUUAUGUCACAAUAUGUUUCAGUCAAUGCACCUCAGUGUCUAUAACUGAUUAAUGUACAUGAGACAUUAAGGUUUAAGUAGAAAUGUUUAGCUGUUAACUGUGUUUGCUUAUUUCUGUUUCCUUUUAACUACGUUCUAACUGUGCUGUUUCACACUUGAUGCUUUACUGUUUCUCGAGUCCUUUUUCUUUAUAAGAAGUUGUAAAUUUGCCUUCUUUUACAAAGGUUAUUUAAAUCAGGGAACGGGUUGGUUCCAGCUCAUAUUCCCCCAGUUUGUCAGCCCAAUUCUGACACAAAACCCCCAAAAUCCACCCCCCUGAGAUCUGGCCCCAGGCUGUGCAAUGUUAUUUGACAGAUCUCAAGUCCAUUGAUGUAGUUUUAGGUCUGUUAGAAUUCUAUUAUGGCUGCACAAUACUUUGAGAAAAUAUUGAACAGUGCAAUUAUUACUACAAUAAUUUUCAGAUUGCUUUAAACCAAGUUCCAUGUUGUAAAUCUUAAUUAUAACCAUUCAAAUUAUUUUCAAGUAACUGAACAAAUAGUAGCUCUUUCUCUCCUCUCCUUUUUUUAAACUUAAACUGUGAACAAAACCUGCAAUUCGUUUUUUACAGUUUGCAAAAUUCAAGACCAAAUUACAGAAUCCCAAGUUCUUUUUUCUGCGGUUGUGCAGCCCUCGUUGUUAUUUCUUGAUGAAAGCUUUCUGUCGUUCCCUUCAUUGAAUCAGAUAUAGCUGCUUAUUUUAUUUGAGGAUUUGAUUUGAUGAAGUUGGACUCUCAGUUCAGUCAGAGUUGGGCCUUGACUUUUAUUUCUGUAGCACUUUCUCUUUUUUUUCCCCAUUUGUACUUAAUCUGGAAUGUGGACAGCAUUUUUAGCUAUGUGAAUGCUUGCAUUUUAUAUUUUUGUUUUCAGUCACUUUGACAUGAAAUAUGUAGCUUUCCAGAAAUACACAUAUCCAUUUUUAUCCUCACCUGUAAUUAUAUUAUAUUUGUGAGUUAUGCUUUAUAGGUAAGUCAUGCUUUAUUUUACUGAGCUUUGGUUUGUUCUGACCGGUUAAACAAACUGCAGCAGGUUCUGUCACUGUGUUUGUGAUGGUGACACCAGGUGUAAAUGUUCUGUUUUUUUAAAUGGCAUAUCUUCUGCUUCCGUGUGUAGACCAGCAUUUCCCUGCCUGCUGAGUUGUCAGGACGGCCAUGCUGCUAGUCAUCAGUUUUGGUAGAAAUUUUUAACAUUGACUGAACUAUAUUCUGUUUCAGUACCCUGUGUGUAAGCAGAAAAAACGUGUAUCUGUGGGAAACAUGGAUAUAGUUGUAAACUGUCAUAGCUUGUCUUAGGAAACUAACUGAACAUUGUGCUUGGCGUUACAGCAGUAGUGGUCUCAUGGUCUUGUAGUUUUUUCUACCUGAGUCAAACAACUUAGUGCCAGUGAAUUUAAGUAAACUUCUGUUAUAUUUAACAGUGUGUGUCAUUUUGAUUGCUAUUCAGUAAAGUGGUUUGUACCACAGAGUAGCAUCCCGGUGCACUGAGCUGAACAGAGAACCUCUUCUCAGACCUACAUUUUGUCUUACCAUUUGUCCACUUGCAUCUUGGUUGUGGUUAAAUCUCUUGUGACAUUGUUGAAAUGAUGGGCAGGUUUUAGUUCUGAGUUUGUAGGUGCUGAUAUUUUACUGUGUGGCUUUGUGAGUCCUGAGAAUGAAAGGGUCAUGGAGGAGCUGCCCCUAAAAUGUUGCUCAUAAAAGUGAAAAGCCUCAAGUUUACAUAUGAGGUGACCUCUGACCCUGACUCUUUCCUGUGCCUUGCUGUUGUUUAUGUGUGUUUAUGAAAAGGCCUUAAAAAUGCUCAACGGGUCAGUUCAAAGAUAUAUUACUGAUGCUGUCCAGUCAGAUGUGUGGCUACCUCAACAAUACUUUUUUAUCUCAGUGUGUGCUCUGUUGUACAAUAACAGUAUGGCUCUGUGAUUUAUCGUGAGUUUCUCUGUUUAGGGAGAAUCUUCUGAGGUCUCCUUCUGCUUCUGACAUUAACAAAGCACUGUUACAACAAGUGAUCUUGGCUUUGUAAAAGGAAAGGCUUUGAAAUAAAGAGAAU